UGUGGGUCGCGCCCGGUCAGGUUGAUGUUACUGCACUGGAAAGCGGAGUUUGUUCACAAUAGCGAUGGCAGAAAUAUCCCUUUAUGUCUCCAGCGUCAGUAUAACUGUGACACAUGAUAUGGAACCUGACAAGUUUAAAAGCCCACCAUAUUGCACAUAAUCAGCUUAAGCUAAUAUAGAUGAUCUGUGAUGUGUGACUGUGGACAGAUCUCUGCAAAAGAGAAAGGAUAUGAGUGUGUGGAGCUUGGUGAUCUAGACAGAAAAGAGAAGACCCCACGCCGCAUUAUUCAUUUCUCCAGUGGGGAGACCAUGGAAGAAUACAGCACAGAUGAGGAGGAGGAAGACAAAAAACAGAACGCAAAGAAAGAGCUUCUGUCUUCCAUAGACACAUCCAAGCUGACUUGGGGCCCGUAUGUCUGGUUUCAGAUGUGGAGAGCAGCUUCAUCCACUAUAUCUGCUUGUGACUACCUGGGUGAGCGAAUGGCAUCACUUUUUGGCAUCACCUCAGCUAAAUACCAGUAUGCCAUAGAUGAAUACAGCAGGUCAAAGAGGGAGGAGGGCAGAGAUGAAGAUACACAGCUCUCUGAAGAGGCGGAGCACCUGUUUGAAGAGCAGAAAUAUGAUGAAGAUGAAGAUCCGAAGACCAACCAGCCCGAGACCAACAGUACUCAAGUACAGGUGACCAAUGAGCUGGACUGUCAGCCUUCUGUAGUACCCAACGCAGUUCACAUCCCUGUUCUUGUUACUAGCAAUUAAUAACCAUGAGUAUAGUCAUAUAAUUGUGGUUUAAACACUAGUCUCUAGUCUAUAAAGCACUUACCACAGGGAUGUAAUCAGGCUCUGUAAUAGAUUUCAUGUAUCUCCAUGUUAACUUGUGAUUUUGACUGCCUUAAUGCACUGAUCCUGGGCCAGUGAAACAAUACAUACUGAUCAUGGUGCUAAUGAGGAGAAGAGCCAAUUCUUCAGCCUCUGACCAAGAAUGAAUUUGUUUUAAAAUGCAACUACGCUAACAUGAUUACACUGAACAUGUGUUUUUAAUUGACUCUGUACAGUAUCUAUGUUUUAUUAUUAUUAGUGUUAUGAAAGCAUUUGAUGGACUUGUCCUCCAUCAAUACAGAGACACAUACCUCACACUGAUUUUUCAGUAUUUAUUUAAUAUACUGUUAAUGCUUUAUAUUUGUCAUUGUUUUUUAAAGAGAAAAUGUAAUUUUUUACCAUUUUGUGUUUAACAUGAAUAUAAUACUACAGUAUUAUACCUUACGAGACUUAAUUGUAUCAAUGUUUAGUUCAGGGUUCAUACGGAGUUUGGAAAAUGCUUGAUUUUAACUAUUACGUUUUCAAGGUGUUUGAAUUUAGAAUAUCGUCCUUAAAAAUGCUUGAUUUUUUUUCCCCCUUAGAACAUCCAGUGUGAUUAAAAGUGAAAAAAGCUAUUAACGAAAAUGAACCUUUAUUAAAGAUCAAGUCAUAGAUACCUUGCAUGAGUCUAAUGUUUUGAUGUUGUGCGAGUACAUACAGUCAUGGCGUCGCUAGCGGGAGGAAAAGGGUGCAAGAUUUCUACUGAGGGGUUUUAUACUGAAAUAACUACUUUAAAAUCAAUCACGUUUUAAGUUUUAAUUUUAUUGUGUAAAGACAAGUGUGUGGAAUACUGAACUAUGGGAAAGGCAUUUAGUGCUAGCCAAGGCUCUUUGAAUUAAAGAUGCAGUGAGCAAUUUCUGAGAAACCCUGUUGAAAGUGGAUCGGACCAAGCAGCACAGGGUGCGUAUCCACUCAUGAUGGGGGAGGAGAGUCAUUUGACCUAGUUUUCCUGUGUUGUAUUGAUUAGUCAUUCCGUUCACCUGUUGUCCAAGUUAAUUAGCCUAUUAGUUCCUUGUUUGCUUUAGUAUUUAUAGGCCCAUGUUUCCUGAGUUCCUUUGUCCUGUCUCUUUCAAUGUUGAGGUGUUUUUAUAUCUGUUUCUGGAUUAAAAUAUAUUUGAAUUGCA